AUGAAUUUUUCCCUUUCAAGGCAAACUUCAGAAAAGCAAGUAUCAUAUACAGACAAUUCAAGAUCUCCUAAUAGCGGAAUGUGUACGAUCAAUUAUAAAUCGAAUCUUCCCCUGCAGGUGCGCACAGUUGAUCAACUGAACUCUGGUAGUAACAACCAACUGUACGGUCGCAGUGGUUACAGAAACGAACAGGAAUGCUAUAAUAGUACAAAAAUAAAUCUACCACCAAUUUCGUCUCUCCUGCCUGAUUUCGAGAAUGGCUCACCCGCUAAUGUCGAUUCAAGGCUUCAGUUUCCUCCACAGCAAGUCUAUCAAAGCAUGAACGUAGUGCCUAUUGUCAAUGAAGUUUACACGCCAAUUUCUAUGAAUGUAACACCUGAUCAAUAUCCCAUUUAUUACGCUGAUAGCCAGCAACCGAUGCCACAUAGCCAACCUGCUCAUUUGACGUCCUCGGCUCCCCUGAUGAUGCCAGUCAUGGUGCCAACCAUUUAUAAACCUUUGGGACCAUACGACAAAGAACCAAUGACGGUUACUUCAGAGCCCAACUUUGCUGCAAUGUCAAUAACUGGCCCUCCAAACACUACUAUAAAGGUAUGCCAGGAUAGAUCAAAAUCAGUCCCCCCCAAAUUUAGCAUAAUUUCAAGCCUACAGGAAAGCGAUAAUGGCAGAACAAAAAGCGAGCCUGGUUCAUCAUUGAGUUCUUCAGCAGCAUUCUCGGACUGGAAAAAUGGCAACCGAAUAUCAUCCACGAAGCUAAGGAAGCAAUGUCCCGUAUGCGGCAAGAUUUGCUCGAGACCUUCGACAUUGAAGACACAUUAUCUGAUACAUACGGGGGAUACCCCCUUCAAAUGCACUUGGGAGGGAUGUUCAAAAUCUUUCAAUGUAAAGAGCAAUAUGCUGAGACAUUUAAAGAGCCAUGAAAGGAAAAGAAACAAGGUCUUGAACACAACGUAG